GUAUACUUCUAAUAACAUAAAUGUUUUCACCUCUCUGUAAAAAUAAAGAAUAAUCUCAUGAACUCUAAAUUUUUAUUGAAUCAUUUUUCCAUGUAUAUUAUUAGCAAAUGAUAAUUUAAAAAAACAUUUAUAAUUUUUGUUUCAUUGACAUCUAAUAAAAAUUUAUCUAUAUAUAUAUACUACUCCACCAAAGUGCUAGAAUAACUUUUGAAUUAUUUGUAUAACAACAAAUUAACAAAAGAUGAACGAUAACUACUUGGAAAGUUUUUCAUCAUUCUCUCGAAUUAGUAUCGGAACUUUUGGAGCAUGGCCAACUCAAAAAAAUGAAAAAUUAUCAAAAUGCUUAUUUAUUAUUAGUUUAUUUUUUCUUGCUUUCGGUGUAUUUAUUCCUCAAAGCAUUAGAGUGUUUCAAGUUUGGGGAGAUAUGGAUCGUUUGAGUAAUGUCUUAUGUGUAGCAGAACUACCGUACUUGGUCGCUUUCAUUAAAAUGAUCGUACUUUAUCGCAAUAAACAAAAAAUGUCAACUCUUUACAGUUUUAUGAUGGACGACUGGAAUAGAAAAAAAAGUAAUGACGAAUUAGAAAUAAUGAUAAAAAGUGGUGACAGAGGGAAACGAUUUUCGAUGGUGUGCAUCAUUAUGGGUCAUGCAACUGCCCAUUCUCGUAUGCUGCAAUGUAUUUUUGAAAACAUACCUAAUUGGAAUAGUCCAGGACAUUUUAAAAAUUAUACAUUAUAUGUUGAUUCAUAUUUUCCAUUUACAUGGAACUAUUAUCCAGCUUUUGAAUUAUUAUGUUGUUUUCAAUAUGUGGGAUCAGUUUGUGCGACAUUUUCUUAUUCUGGAACAGACAGUUUCUUUAGUCAAAUAUCUUUUCAUUAUACCGCACAAUAUUACAUCUUACGUAUGAGACUACUGCAUCUUAUUAAUAAUUUUAAUAAUAAAAAUUGUGAAUCAAAAUUUAAUGAAGAAUUUAACCGUAUUAUCAACAUUCAUUAUUAUAUUAAUAGUUGCAUAGAAAUAGUAGAAAGUACCUUCCAUUUGACCUUUCUUGUACAGAUACUGGCUUGUACAGUUCAAUUUUGUUUGUUAGGUUACUUUUUUAUUUUGUAUAUAAGUCAAGAAAAUCGUAGUUCAAUGUUAUCAGAAAUUCUUUUUAUAAUUGUAUUUUUUAUGUACAUAAAUGGAAAUUUGUACAUUUAUUGCUACUUAGCUGAAAUGUUACAAAUGGAAAGUUAUGCGUUUGCCGAGACGGCAUAUGAUACUGAAUGGUUUAAUUUACCUUCACAAAAAGCAAAAUCUCUUCUCUUACUUAUGCAAAGGGGUAAUAAACCUAAUGAAAUAACGGCAGGAAAAUUCGUCGUUUUCAACUUUCAACUAUUUGGUAGUAUUGUUAAAACAUCAUUGGGAUAUCUAUCGUUUUUAAUAACUAUGAAAAAGAACAACAAAUAAUCAUGUUUAAAAAGAUGGAGAAAAUUAAAUUAAUAUACUAGCUAACAAUUAUUAUUAUUAUUUACUGUAUUUCAUAAUAAUGUAAUUAUUGCAACAGUAACUAAUGCAGUUGAGUUAUUAAAUUUUCAAUAUUUUGCAUUACUUUGUUAUUCACUUGUCCUC